AUGGAGCUUUGUACAGCUUGUAUCUGGACUUCAGCACAGUGGUCUCAAACAACAACGACCAACCGACGUCUGGCAUACCAUGGAUUUGCAAAUUCAAGUUUCUCAGCGCCCCAAAGGAGAAGGCGAGCAGCACUCUAUGUCAUGAAUGCCGCAUUGACCGGUGCUUCAAUAUCAUCUCAAAACAUAACCCAACUUCCACGCACCAACGGCGCAGCUAUCAAAAGUAUAUCCAGCAACAAACCCAGCAGUGCAAUGGAGCAACUUGAUAUUGAACGUGGUGUCUGUAUUCCGUUCCGAAAGUACAGUCCAGAAAUGGUCAGGAAAAGAGUCUUGGAUUCAAGAGGUUCCAUACUGUCCCUUGCGAGUCGGGGAGUGGAGAUAGUUUGGAAACUUGGAUUUUACUGGUCAUCUCUUGUGUAUGACUUUUUGGUUGGACGGGAUGAAGAAAUUGUUCCAUAUCGUGCCCGGCAGCUCCGUAUUCUUUUAUGUGAUCUGGGCCCAUCUUUCAUAAAAGCAGGACAGGUUCUAGCCAACAGGCCUGAUAUUAUUCGAGAGGAUUAUAUGAAUGAACUUUGCAUCUUGCAAGAUGAUGUCCCUCCAGUCCCUAACCAGGUGGCUUUUACCAUAAUUGAGGAGGAACUUGGCCAACCUCUAGAGAGAUUGUUCAGCAAAAUUUCAUCAGAGACAAUAGCAGCUGCUAGUUCAGAGACCAGGAUUGAACCAAUAAUAUACCGAGAUCUUUUCCUGUUCCGCACUUUGGCUUCAUUUUUGAAUGGGAUUAGUCUUCAGAAACUAGGGUGCAAUGCGGAGCUUAUUGUUGAUGAAUUUGGUGAGAAACUUUUGGAAGAACUUGAUUACACUCUUGAAGCUACAAAUAUCGAGGACUUCCUAGAAAAUUUUAAGGAUGAUCCGACUGUCAAGAUACCUCGAGUGUAUAAGCAGCUUUCAGGUUCCCGUGUUCUGGUGAUGGAGUGGAUAGAUGGAAUUAGAUGUACGGACCCACAGGCUAUAAAAGAAGCUGGAAUCGAUGUGGAAGGUUUUCUCACAGUCGGAGUGAGUGCUGCUUUGCGUCAGUUACUUGAAUUUGGUCUUUUCCAUGGAGAUCCGCAUCCUGGAAAUAUUUUUGCAAUGCAUGAUGGUCGUAUUGCUUAUGUCGACUUUGGAAAUGUGGCCGUUCUUAGCCAGCAAAACAAACAAAUCCUAAUCGAUGCUGUUGUUCAUGCUGUUAACGAAGACUAUGCUGAAAUGGCAAAUGACUUCACUAGGCUGGGUUUCCUUGCUAGUGGAACAGAUGUAGCCCCAAUUAUUCCAGCUCUGGAAUCCAUUUGGCAAAACUCUGCUGGAAAAGGCUUGGCGGACUUCAAUUUCCGGAGUGUGACUGGGAAGUUCAAUCAGCUUGUGUACAACUAUCCAAUCCGCAUCCCAGAAAGGUUUUCUUUGGUUAUUCGUUCAUUGUUGACGCAAGAAGGAAUCUGCUUUACACUAAAGCGUGAUUUUAAGUUUCUUGAGGUUGCCUAUCCAUAUAUAGCAAAGCGUCUAUUGACAGAUCCAAACCCUGCUCUCCGUGAACGCCUGAUUCAGGUGCUAUUCAAAGAUGGGGCAUUCCAGUGGAAACGACUAGAAAACCUUAUAGUUCUUGCCAAGGAGAAUGUGCAAGCUGUAAGAAAUCGACAAUUAGAGAGCAAACUUGAUCUCACUGAAACAAUAAAAGAUGGAGCACGGAUGUUCCUUAUCGAUGCUGGUAUCAGGAGACAACUUAUACUGGCCUUCACUGAAGACUCCAAAUUGCACGUAGAAGAGCUUGUGGAUGUAUACAGACUGGUCGAAGAUCAAAUAGAUAUGCCUUCAGUUGCCCUUGAGGUUCUUCAGCACAGAGAAGAAGACGAGUUGAGGGACAGCACGCUGCAAAGGUUCGAGAGGCUUGCUGACGGCGCGGAUAGCUUCUUCAGGCUGGUGGUUGAGUCCAGCGGCCGUCGUCGUCCAGAGAGGAGCGUGCCGUCGUCCUUGCCAUCGCUGACACAAUCUUUGCUUGCCGGCAACUCGGUGGAGUUCUCCCUCCAAAGACCCGGCACCGGCAGCAGCGACCUUGUUCUGCUAUGGCCAUGGCAGGAUCCAGACGCCGAGGAUGAAGACGAACUGGAGGCGUAUCACAUGGUGUCGCGUGAGGAUGAGGUCACGUGGCAGAGAAACCUGAAGAUGGUCGUCUCGUUCCGUCUAUCAGAGGCCGCAAACAUACUGGCCAUCGCCACGAGCUGCCUGGACCUCCUGCCUCCACAGUUCGAUCUGUCAGCUAAGUGGAUGUGGUGCCGCCAUAUGAUGCGGGAAUACCUCUGGUCUGAUUGUGGCCCACCGCAUAACCCUAAUCUGGAAUGCCCAAAUUCCGGAAUUAUGGUGCUUCCUCAGCCAGUGAUUCGAGUUACUACAUUCUGCUAUGCCUUGCCUAAAGCCAUGGACAAUAAUAAUGGGUUUCCUCUUAAGUUGGCGUGCCAUGUGUCCCCCUACCUCUUGCCUGACAAACAUUCUAGCCAGUUUCUGCAGGUUGAACAGAAUGUGAUCUCGGAGACGAUGCUUCCCAAAGCUGAAGAAGGUUUCCGUAACAUCCCCGCCUAA